GGUGACUGUCACUGAAGACUUGCUUGUUCGUACAUUCGACGAGCAAGGGAAAGAAAUAGUGGAAAGGUCUCUAGUCAAGCACUGCCAGUAUCAGGGCCACAUACAAGGCGAUCCUGAAUCAAUAAUUGUACUUGAUACUUGUGAUGGACUGAGGGGAAUGAUAGAAGAUGCCGAGCAGGAACUAUUGAUCGAACCUUUCAAAUCGAAGGGUGUCAAUGCCCACAAGUUGUCAAGGAUCAAGAAGCCAGAGAAGAUCAAUUGUGGUGUUGAAGGACACAAUAGAAAGGGACUUUAUCAUAACAAUGAACGAGUAUGUAGCAACCAUUGUAAUUUUGAACUCGUUUAA